AUGCCCCGCCGAGGGGGGCUGCCGGCCCCCGCCGCCGCCCGCCGGCCCCCCCCGCUCCUCCUCCUGCGCCUCCUCCUCCUGGCAGCCCCGCUGCAGCCCGGCAGAGGUCUCAAUCUGUGCACCAGUGGAAGCGCCACGUCCUGUGAAGAGUGUCUCCUCAUCCAUCCCAAGUGUGCCUGGUGCUCCAAGGAGGAUUUCGGCAGCUCAAAGUCCAUCACAUCCCGGUGUGACUUCCUGCAGAACCUGAUUACAAACGGCUGUGCCGGGGCCAUCGAGAACCCCAGCAGCAGCAGCAGUGUGGUAAAGAACGUCCCUCUGAGCAGCAAGGGCUCUGGCCAGACCCACCUGGACGUCACGCAGAUCACACCUCAGAAAGUCGCCUUGAAUCUUCGUCCUGGUGACCGGACCUCAUUCCGAGUUCAGGUGAGGCAAGUGGAGGACUAUCCUGUGGACCUCUACUACCUGAUGGAUCUUUCCCUGUCCAUGAACGACGACCUGGAUAAUAUCCGCAAUCUGGGGACCAAGCUGGCUGAAGAGAUGCGAAAGCUCACGAGCAAUUUCCGUCUGGGGUUUGGCUCUUUCGUGGACAAAAACAUCUCUCCUUUCUCCUACACGGCACCAAGAUACCAAAACAAUCCCUGCAUUGGUUAUAAGCUGUUUCCCAGUUGUGUCCCGUCCUUUGGUUUCCGCCACCUCCUGUCCCUGACGGAUAAAGUCGACCGUUUCAAUGAAGAAGUCCAGAAACAGAAGGUUUCCCGCAACAGAGAUGCUCCAGAGGGCGGCUUCGAUGCCAUUUUGCAGGCUGCUGUGUGCAAGGAGAAGAUUGGCUGGCGUAAGGAGGCGUCUCACCUGCUGGUCUUCACCACGGACGAUGUGCCCCACAUAGCCCUGGAUGGGAAGCUGGGGGGGCUGGUGCAGCCCCACGAUGGCCAGUGCCAUCUGAAUGAAGCCAACGAGUACAGCGCGUCCAGCCAGCUGGAUUAUCCUUCCCUGGCACUUCUUGGGGAGAAACUUGCUGAAAACAACAUCCACCUGAUUUUCGCUGUCACAAAAAGUCAUUACAUCCUGUACAAGAACUUUACCACUUUGAUCCCUGGAACAACGGUGGAAAUUUUGCACAAAGAUUCCAAGAAUAUUAUUGAGCUGAUCGUCAAAGCCUACAACAGUAUUCGUUCCAAGGUGGAGCUCACAGUCUGGGACAGCCCUGAGGACAUUGGCUUGACCUUCACUGCCACAUGCCAGGAUGGGUUGUCCUAUCCUGGGCUCAGGAAGUGUGGGGAUCUCAAAAUUGGAGACACGGUUUCCUUCGAGGUGGCUGUGGAGGCACGGAGCUGCCCUGCCGUGGACACGUCCCACACUUUCACCAUCAAGCCGGCCGGCUUUCGGGACACGCUGGAGGUGGCCGUGACCUACAGCUGCCGCUGCGGCUGCACCGGCCACGCCGCGCCGGCCAGCGGCAAAUGCAGCGGCAACGGCACCUACACCUGCGGGCUCUGCGAGUGCCACCCCGGCUACCUGGGGGCUCGCUGCGAGUGCGAGGAAGGAGCCAGCGGGGACUUGCACCACGCGCUGUGCCGCGAGGCCGAGGGCAAGCCCCUGUGCAGCGGCAGAGGGGAGUGCAGCUGCAACCAGUGCCUCUGCUACGAGAGCGAGUUCGGCAACAUCUACGGGCCCUUCUGCGAGUGCGACGACUUCUCCUGUGCCAGGUACAAGGGAGUCCUCUGCUCAGGUCACGGGGAGUGUCACUGUGGGGAGUGCAAGUGCCAUGCUGGAUACAUCGGGGACAACUGCAACUGCUCCACGGAGAUGGACAGCUGUGUUUCCAGUGAUGGGCAGAUGUGCAGCGGCCGGGGUGCCUGCGUCUGUGGGAAGUGCCAGUGCACCGAGCCAGGGGCUUUUGGAGAGACCUGUGAGAAGUGUCCCACCUGCCCAGGUGUCUGUAGCACUAAAAGGGAUUGUAUUGAAUGCAAGCUGUUUAACUCAGGAAGACUGGCUGAUAACCAAACCUGCCAAAAGCACUGCAAGGAUGAGAUCAUCACCACUGUGGAUGUUCUUGAAACGGAUGACCCCAGCGCGAUCCUCUGUGCCUAUCCAGUGAACAACUGUGUCAUGAAGUUCACCUACUUGGAGCUUCCCAGUGGGAAAUCCAACCUCACCGUCCUCAAGGAGCCAGCCUGCAGCUCAGCCCCCAGCACUGUGACCAUCGUGCUGGCAGUGAUUGGCAGCGUGGUGCUGAUUGGCAUCAUCCUGCUGGCGCUCUGGAAGCUGCUCGUCACCAUUCACGACAGGCGCGAGUUCGACCGAUUCCAGAGUGAACGUUCCCGUGCCAGAUAUGAAAUGGCAUCCAAUCCUCUCUACCGAAAGCCUAUUUCCACACAUAACGUAGAGUUCACGUUCAACAAGCUCAACAAGUCUUACAAUGGUACAGUUGACUGA